AUGCCUGAAACAUCCUGCUUGUCAUUUUCCCCCGUCUUGAAUAAUUCUACUUCUUUCUCUUUUCUUUUUCUAUCUCUUUCUUUCUCUUUUACCUCUUUUCCUCUUUUUUCUCUUUUCUUUCUAUCUCUUUCUCUCUUUCUUUCUAUUUCUUUCGUUCUUUCUCUAUCUCUUUCUCUCAAUCUCUUUUUCUCUCUAUCUCUUUUUCUCUCUAUCUCUUUUUCUAUCUCUUUUUCUUUCUCUCUCUCUUUCUUUCUCUCUUUCUUUCUCUUUUUCUUUCUCUCUCUCUUUCUUUCUCUUUCUCUUUUUCUUUCUCUUUCUUUUUCUCAUUCUCUUUCUCUUUUUCUUUCUCUUUCUCUUUCUUUCUCUUUCUAUUUCUUUCUCUUUCUUCUCUCAUGGUUUGUCUUCUCUCUUUGUUUUUCUUCUCUCUCUUUGUUUUUCUUCUCUCUCUUUGUUUUUCCUCUUUGUUUUUCUCUCUCUUUCUCUCUAUCUCUUUCUCUCUUUCUCUCUAUCCCUCUAUCUCUGUUUCUUUCUCUGUUUCUCUCUCUCUCUUUCUCUCUCUCUUUCUCUCUCUUUCUUUCAAUUUUACUUCUUUUCCUCAUUUUUCUCUUCUCUUCCUUUCUCUUUCUGUCUUUCUCUCUAGCUCUCUCUAUCUCUUUCUCUCUAUCUCAUUUCUCUGUCUCUCUAUCUCUUUCUCUCUAUCUCUUUUUCUUUCUUGCUCUUUCUCUUUCUUUCUCUCUCUUUCUAUUUCUCUCUCUUUUUCUUUCUCUCUCUUUCACUUCCUUACUUUUUCUUUCUUUCUCUCUUUGUUUUCUUCUCUCUUUGUUUUCCUUCUCUCUUUGUUUUUCUUUGCUUUUCUUUCUCUUUCUUUCUUUCUUUUUUCUCCAUCUCCCUUUUCUUUCUCUCUUUUUUCUCUCUCUUUCUCUUUUUCUUUCUCUUUUUCUUUCUCUUUUUCUUUCUCUUUCCCUUUUUCUUUCUCUUCAUCUUUUCUGUCUCUUUGUCUUUCUCUCUAUCUCUAUCUUUUUAUCUCUAUAUCUCUCUAUCUCUAUCUCGUUCUUUAUCUCCUUCGCCCUUUUUCUCUUUCUUUAUCUUCUCUCUCCCUCUUCUUCUUCUUUUUUCUAUGUCAGUGUUUGUUUAUCUCUCUCUUCUUUCCGUUCGUUUUUAUUAUAG